AAACUCCGUGGUCCAAUCCCUCAUUCUCUUGCUAAUUUAAGUAGACUUGAGGUGCUCGCUUUGUUUGACAAUCAAAUAUCUGGAAGCUUACCACAACAAAUAUGCCAAGGACGAUCACUUCAAAUUUUUGCAGCUAGCAACAAUAAUCUCAUGGGUCCUCUUCCAGACUUUAGAAAUUGCACAAGUUUAGCAAGAGUUCGACUUGACAACAACUUCUUUGUUGGAAAUAUAAGUGACAGUUUUGGUGUCCAUCCACAUCUUUCUUUCAUUGAUAUGAGUUUUAAUAGACUCUACGGUGAGCUCUCACCAAAUUGGGGAGAAUGUAAGAAUUUGUCAGUGCUAAAGAUUUCUGGAAAUAUUAUUAGUGGGAAGAUACCACAUGAAAUUGGCCAUUUAACUCGACUUGGACAACUUGAUCUUUCUUCCAACAAACUUGCUGGAGAAAUACCAAAGGAACUUGGUAACUUAUCCACUUUGCUUUGCUUGAAUUUAGGUGGCAACCAAAUUAUAGGGCACAUACCACUUGAAAUCGGCAAAUUAAUCAAUUUGGAAACUCUAGACCUCUCAGCAAACAGGCUAAUUGGAUCAAUUCCGGCUCAACUUUGUCAAUGCUCCCAACUUUUGUCAUUAAAUUUGAGCCAGAAUUCAUUGAAUGGAAGCAUUCCAUCUCAAAUUGGUGAUUUGGUGUCCCUACAAGCUGAAUUGGACCUUAGUCAUAACUCAAUUAGUGGACUAAUACCACCACAACUUGGAAAGUUGAUAAUGUUGGUAAUUUUGAAUCUAUCCCACAAUAUGGUCACAGGCUCGAUACCCCUUUCUCUCAUAGAGAUGGUUAGCUUAAUAUCUCUUGAUUUUUCCUAUAAUGAGUUGGAUGGUGUUGUUCCUAACAAUAGGGUUUUCAAAAGUGCUGCUUCACCACAAGCAUUUAGAAACAAUAAAGGGUUAUGUGGUGAACUUCAAGGUUUAAUCCCUUGCCAUCGUUCUCAUACAAGCAAGGGAUCGGAAAAAAAUGGACACAAAGUCAUCAUAUCCAUCGUUGCUUCUUUGAUAGGAAUUGUGUUCCUUGCAUUUGCAAUUGUUGGUGUCCUUUUCCUCAUGCAACAAAAAGAGAAAAAAGCAAAUAUAGAAGCAACAAGAAGAAACCAUGGCAAUAUUGUUUCAAUAUGGAAUUUCGAUGGAAAGAUUGCUUAUGAGGAUAUUAUAAAAGCAACAGAGGAUUUUGAUGCCAAAUAUUGCAUUGGAAAUGGAAAUUCUGGGAGUGUUUACAAAGCAGUGCUACCUACAGGCCAUGUAGUAGCCUUGAAGAAGUUCCAUCCAUUAGAAGGCACGACAAUAGUGGAUGAGGAAAGCUUUGGGAAUGAGACACGCGUGUUAACAGAAAUAAGGCAUCGAAACAUUGUCAAACUUUAUGGAUUCUGCUCUCAUCCACGGUGCACAUUUCUUGUUUACGAGUACAUGGAAAAAGGAAGCUUAGCACGUAUAUUGAGCAAUCAAGCAGAGGCUGUGGAGUUUGAUUGGGUGAAAAGAGUAAAUGCCAUUAAAAGUGUGGCCAAUGCUUUGUCUUACUUGCAUCAUGAUUGUAUUCCACCAAUAAUUCAUCGGGAUAUUUCAAGUAAAAAUAUAUUGCUGGACUUGGAACUUGAGGCUCAUGUAUCUGAUUUUGGCAUUGCAAGACUAUUAAAGCCAGACUCAUCUAAUUGGACGUCGCUUAAAGGAACUCAUGGAUAUAUUGCUCCAGAGCUUGCUUACACUACGGUUUUAACUGAGAAGUGUGAUGUAUAUAGUUUUGGAGUAGUGGCAUUAGAAACAAUCUUGGGAAGGCAUCCAAAGGAGCUCAUUUUAUCUUUAACAUCACCAGUUGGUCAAAAGAUGCUAUUAAGGGACGUGUUAGAUCCAAGACUCACCUUUCCAUCACAUCAAAAUGUUGCAAAGGAGGUGAUGGUUUCUGUUGUAAGAAUAGCACUUGCAUGUUUACACAAUCACCCACAAUCCCGUCCCACUAUGCAUCAAGUAUCAAAAGAGUUACUUGUUCUUCGAACAUCAUUUGUGGAGCAUUUUCAUAAAUUACUCUAGGUGACCUAAAUGAUAUUGAAGUACAAUAAUUGUGAUUGACGAUUCAUUUGACCAACAAGGGAUUGAGGCGAUUCGUUUGAGACUGCACUCAAAAUUAAGCAAUAGUUAUCAAG